AUAUCUACUUAAUUAAUCAUGAAAGACUUGAAUUUGGAAGUCAAAUCCUGGAUUCUCGUCCGGUCUUUAAUACAUCACAACCUCCAAUUACCCCGAGAUGGUUUUAUUCACCAAAUUUCGACUGACACACUAGAAAUUCAUUUUCAUUGAUAUUUUAAGUUUAUAACUUCAAAUUGAUUCGUAAGUGCUAGUCCUAUUUCCUUGAAAAAGAACAGCGUUUUUGCUAUAGUAUUUGUUUAAUUUUGUCGCUAAGUAAGCCAAAAUGGAAGUAAACGAACUUUUUGUAUCCGCUUUAAACUACGAGAGACGAGCUCGAUGGAAACAGGCAGUAAAGAAAUACGAAGAAAUAAUGACACUUCUUCGAGGAAGUAACAAUGACGACAGAAUAGCUGCCAAUUCCUUGAAAAUGUUGAUGUAUGAAUGUCAUCUUCACUGUGGCGUGGCAUAUCACCAUCUCGACCAGACUUCAGAAGCCAUUAAACACUACGUUACAGCAAUGAGAGUGAUAAGCAGAAAAAAGAUUAAUUGCUGUGUUGGUUGCAUAACUGGUAAAGUCCUCCAUCUUCACGUCCCAGCCCUGGCCAAGAUUUCCAUAUGCCAUAUACAACAAGGAGAAUAUGAAACCGCUUUGAAAAAAGUAGAAGAAGCACUCGUUCUUGACUUCAAAAACCCGGAUCUGUUUUGCAUCAGGGCCUGCAUUUAUUACCUUCUCAAUAAUAAGAAAAUGGCGAUGAAAGACGUAAACUUUGCAAUCUGGCUGAGAACAAAGCACGUGUGCGCUUGGCUGUUAAGGGGGAUUUUCAAAGAAAAGGAGAAAGAGGAAGAUGCUCAGAAAGACAGUAAUAAUACAGAUCUUGAAAUGGCUUUUAGUCUUGAAGCAAGUGCGUCGGCCUAUACAGCCCUUAAGGACCUACCAUCAUCUGUUCAUACCAUUCUUAAUAGGUAUCUUCCAUCUCUUAGAGUUUCCCACACGAUAACUCCAAAUGAUAUCUUCAACGAACUUGCGCCAGAACCACAAAUCGCGUCCAAAUCCAAUAAAUCUAGCGAAAAUUCCCGACACCAACGUUCUCCCGCGAGGCAACACAGAUGCAAAUCCAGAACGAAAAUUGUGAAAGAGAAAGAAAAUCCAACACCUAAGGACGAAAGCUCUAUCUUUAAAACGUCGGUAGCAAGAAAGCUAAAGUUCCACGAAGGUAGCUUUUUAAAUACAAGAACGAAAUCGAAACUCACCCUAAAUUUACUAGCUGACAUGGAACUCUACAGAACAAAAACAAGAUCAGUGUUGCCGAGGGACCGGAGUUCUGAGUUCCAGAGGUCAAACUACAGCCACAAAAAACCAUUUCCUUCUGAUGGAAUCAGAGUCCAAGAUUUACUUGAUGUAAAGAUGCAUCCAGAGCAGCGUCUGUUGAAAGAUAGUGCUUUAAGAACUGAAAAAUAUCUUGGGGCAUCUCAAAUAGGAAGAGUGACAUCCUAUCCCUUAAGCAAUAAGGGAAUUCUUUCGUAUCCUUGCCAUACGUUCAAGGCUCAACUACCAAGAAGACACGGCGAACAAGAGAGGCUUUAUCCAAGGUUGUGGACGCAAAAUCAGUACCCGGUUCGAAUACCAGACAUCAAAGGGUGUAGAUCAACUACUGACUUAGAAAGUACAUAAAGACAAAGAAAUGAAAUUUGAGAGGCCAGGACUGUUUAUUAGAUAAUUCAAAAACUCCUUAAAUAAAUAAAAUUUCUGGCAAA